AUGGAGAGCUUGAAUUCAGGCAGCAAUGAACAAAUAACGGAACCACAUGUUAUAAAUGCAUCGGACAGUGAUUUUGGGGAAGAUGAAAUGGACGAAGUUAGCUCGAUUCCUUUUGAAUCACCAGGUGGUGGUAUGUAUUGGAAACCUCGGGUUGAAGCUGAAUUUAAACCUUAUCUAAACCAAAGCUUUCGAUCACUAGAGGAUGGUAUAGAGUUUUACCGAGAGUAUGGACGUAAAAGUGGGUUUGAGAUCAGACGGCAUACAGAGAAGAAACAUGAGGACGGUACAGUUCUUCUUAAACACAUUGUUUGCAGUAGAGCUGGCAGCAAUGAAUCAAAGAUGGAUGUUGAUUUUGAGGAUUUUAGUAGCAUUUUGAAAAAGAGAAGGAGAACUCAUUCUCAUUUUUUGGUCUCCGGUAGUGGGAAACAAUUUUUGAAGUCAAAUAGAGUUAUCGGUCUCGCACAUAAGAAACUUGUAUUUGAUGGUGCAAAAGCCAACCUGGGGCCUAACAAAACAUAUAACUUUGCUAAAGAGUUGUGUGGAAGUUAUUCUAAUGUUAGUGCUACGUGUACUGAGUUUAAAAAUUGGAGUAGGGAUGUGAAGCUUUAUAUUGGUGAUCGAGAUGCUCAAAUGAUCAUCGAGAAGUUCACGGAUAAGAAGGAGAUGUGUGAUGGAUUUUUCUAUGAUUAUGCAGUUGAUGAAGGGGGUCGAUUAACUCGUAUUUUUUGGGCAGAUGUUAUUGGACGACGAAAUUACGAUGUAUUUGGAGAUGUGAUAUCAUUUGACUCUACAUAUUCCACAAACAAGUACAACAUGAAGUUUAUUCCAUCCACUGGUCUCGACAAUUAUAAGAAGUGUAUUGUAUUUGCAGCAGGAUUGAUAGCUAAAGAGGACAUUGAUAACUAUGUCUAG